CUCUGGCCGCCUCCUGAGGCAACAUCUUCCAGCAACUCCACCUUCACUCUUCUCACUCAAUUACCUUCAACGUAAUUUGCAUAAAUUGCACUCAGUAAAAUGUAGUGUUUCCGGAAACUGCUGAAAUGUCAUCACCUAUUCUUGUACUAGAAACAAUAUUUUAAAGCGAGAGGCGGUUUGUAAAAUCACUUUGCUCGUUGAAAUCUGUUCAGCGACGAUCCCGCGUCAAUGUGGGGCGCCAAGAGGACUGAGACGAUGGUUCCACUGGAGCACGACGUCGUGGCUCACAUCCCCGCCCUGUACUUAGGUUUUGAUGACUAUAUCACGCCAGGAUUCCCGACGCCUUUCGUUCACAUUGUCCGGUGGAGCAAGAUAUGGGGCUGUCUACCUGUGUCUUACAGCCACUCGGCGCGUUCCUGGAAACUCUCGCCUUUUCUCACCUGCUGGGUGAUCUGUGCCAUUGGUCUCAACAUGCCCACCUUCUACGAAUGCAUCCAGUCGUCUCUGGGCACGGACGGCCUCAUGCUGUACGUAAUGAUCAUGAUAGUGUCCGUAAUGAGCAUCUCGGGGAUAUCUAUGCACGUGUUAGCGCUUCUCUACUACGACGACUGGAUUACCUUCCUCAACAACUGGAUGGCCUUCGAGCGUAAGUUCCCGCCACUGACAGCGGGCGUCCAUUCCUUCAGGGUAGCUCUCCCGCUCUUUGUCGGCUUCUUUCUCUACAUCACAUUCUUUGUGGUGAAUAUUUUAAACGAACUUCGCUUUAACCUUAUCAACGGUGACGGCGUCUGGCGGAUGUUAUCGCUGGUGUACGUAUAUGUUAUCUACAGCUACACCCUCUCCAUGCCCAUCCUGUGGGUGGUUAUGGCCUCCAAGGUGUUCUCUGCCUGCCUCUGCCACAUCAGGAGGGAGCUCGAGUCCAUCAUGGAGUGCGUCAACUACGGCAUCAGAUGCGCGUCUUCACCCGUACAGAAAUGCAUCGCCACGGGAGACAUGAAUCACAUGCAGGAGGCGGUGCUGGACUUGGCCAGAAUCAUCGAAGGCUUCAAGGCGAUCAUGGGCCCCUUAAUGCUGGUCAUUAUCCCCCACCACAUCAUCUCUCUCAUCUGCUUCCUCUACUGGACGCUAGUAUCCAUCCUCGACUACACGGACUGGUACUCUCCUCUCAGCUUUGGCCUCCUCUCCGCCCAGGCAAUCAUGCCCAUCUUCUGUGGCGCCAUCUAUAGCGAAGACGUUCACACUCAGAAGGAGACGCUAAUUGAGCCGUUAAUUAUCUUGAAAGGUUCAAUGACAGACGAAGCUGCCAAACACAAGAUGACGACUCUAAUCGACCACCUAGACCGGCUCGACGCGCAGAUCGAGGGCCGAGGCUUCUUUACUCUCAACAAGGGCAUGGCUACCUCGGUGGUGAACACAGUGGUGACGUAUCUGGUGGUGUUGAUCCAGUUCUAUGGUGGAGGACGCUAACGGUCUCCUACCCGCACUACCUAUGGACGACCACCUCCAUUAUUUCUCCAGCAGCCACCUCCAACACUCUCUUGCAGACACCUUCAACACCCUCCUCCUAUCCAUACCUAGCUGUCUAGUGCCUAACAAAUCUAAUCUCAGACAUCCUGAGCCACACUGUAAAACACAGACGCGUAAAGCUAAUAUUAAGCACUACUUCGGACAUCGUCACGUUGAAAAUGAAGUAGCUUGUCUAUGCAAUGGUUCCUAAAUGUUUGAUGUGAGGCAUAAUACAAAUACUGAAUCGGGAUUAGAACAAAAUCUAUAUAAAAGAGACUGUGUGUUUGUCCAAGGUCGGAGUCCAGACGCUUGUGGAAAACCUCAUGUAACUUUGCAUGGUGACUUGUGACUGUAUGGAGAGUGUCAUAGGGAGGUCGAGGUCGAUCUUCAAGAAGCCCAUCUUUAAGAAGCAUCAGCUCCUAUUCCAAUUCCCAGCGACGCCAAUGAAGUCUGUAAAUGGGAGGUUCAGUUUUCCAGAGAGUUUUUAAUAUCAUUUUCUGCUAUUCAUAAUAUUCCAACUUACAACGAAAUUUAACGUUUUAACAAUACUCCAUCAAAGUAACAAUUGUAAAAAUAACAUUGUGGUUAUGUUGUGUUUGCUGCCAUUGUGUGUUGUGAGGAAGGGGAGGA